UUUUCCUGCGGACGCAGAGCGCGGGGGAAAAGCAUCUUGGGGUUGAGCAAGGUUACUACCUAGCAAUAACCUACGGAUACACAUGGAGCCUCCAUCAUCACUGCAAGUUUUGAUCUCACACCAAGUCUAAACUCGUUCAUUAGAACCAAGUCUAAACUUGUUCAUUAGAGUCCCCAGCAAAUAGUGAAACUAUAUUUUUCCUUCUUUCGGAUCUGUUUAUGCUUCUUUCUAUGCAUUAUUUUUCCUGAUUGAACUGGCACGAACAUGGAUUUGGACAUUUGAUUAGGCACAGCCGGAUUCCUUUUUUUUCGUGGAACAGUCUCCUUUCUGCACUCUAUACACAGAGCAUCAUCAUGGACGUUUUGGCGAAUCACGGUAUUUUUCAGGAACUCCAGCUCGUGCAUGACACCGGCUACUUCUCUGCGAUGCCUUCGCUGGAGGAGAACUGGCAGCAGACCUGUCUGGAGUUGGAGCGAUAUCUGCAGACGGAGCCCAAGAGGCUGUCGGACCUCUUUGACGAGGAGCUGGACUGCCUGCUCACCCCGGCCUACCUGAAGGAGGACAGUGAAGAGGAAGUACUAGAGCCUCUCCUCCCCAGCCUCCCGGACCCCCCCAGCCCUCCUCUACCGCCCCUGCUCUGCCCCUCUCGGAAGCACCUCUCUGGGGCCUUGAAGUCUGCCAAACUUGGCGUAGGCGACGGCACGGGGUUAGGGUCUGGAGGGGGAGGGGGAGGGGUACACCCAGCCCAGUUGAGCGCCGUCACCUCCCUGACGCCGCCCUCGUCCCCGGAGCUGGGACGCCACCUGGUCAAGCCCGACCCCCACCAGACUCUGACGGCGUCCGCUGACGGCACACUCACUCUCAAACUGGUGGCGAGGAAGGUGGGGCAGAGCGCCACCAGGUUGGUAGCGACCCACGCGCUACCCCUGCCCACAAGGCGUGACACCACAGGCGGGCACAGCGACGGUGAGCAGGGGGGCACGUGUGUGAUGGGCGUGGGGGAUAUCUCUGAGAACAAGAAGAGGGUCCACCGCUGCCAGUUUAACGGCUGCAGGAAGGUUUACACCAAGAGCUCACACCUCAAGGCUCACCAGAGGACACACACAGGUGAGAAGCCCUACAAGUGCUCAUGGGAGGGCUGUGAAUGGCGGUUCGCCCGGAGCGAUGAACUGACAAGACACUACCGCAAACACACUGGCGCAAAGCCUUUCAAGUGUAACCACUGUGACAGAUGUUUCUCACGAUCGGACCACUUGGCGCUACACAUGAAAAGGCAUAUCUGAGGAGGUGGAGGGAGAAGAGCGGGAGAGGAGGAGGACAGAGAAAAGAGGAGAGGUGGAGAGGGGAGGUGAACAUCAUGGC